CAACAGCAAGCAGAAGAAGGAAAUACCAAACACACCAGAAGGCACAAGAGCUGAGAAAGACAGAGAGCCUGGCUCUAGACUAUGAAUGUUUCCAAGAUGGCACUAGACAACAACUUCACUAACAGCUCCUUUAACUGUACGAUUGACAGCUUCAAGCAAGUAAUUUAUCCCAUCAUGUAUCUCUUUAUCUUCUUCCUGGGUGCUGUUGGAAAUAGCCUCUCCAUUUAUGUUUUCUUCCAGCCUUCACAGAGGAAGACCUCAGUAAACAUUUACAUGCAGAACUUGGCUGUUUCAGACCUCAUGUUUGUGAGCACUUUGCCCUUUCGGGCCUCAUAUUUCCUGUUGGGAUCGCGUUGGAUAUUUGGUGAUAUUGUCUGCAGGAUCAUGACUUACACCUUGUACGUGAACAUGUACUGCAGCAUUUAUUUUCUCACCGUGCUCAGUGUGGUUCGUUUCAUAGCCAUCGUCUACCCGUUCAAACACUGGAAAGUAACCAACAUAAAGUAUGCCAGGAUAACAUGCGCAGCCAUAUGGGUCUUCGUGCUGGCAGCCUCCAGCCCUCUGUUAAGCAAGGAAAUCGCUGGGUACAGCAACCCAGCCAAGUGCUUGGACCUCCACCCUUCCAGCACCCGCAGGCUCCUCAUGAUGAACAGCUUUGUCCUCAUCGUGGGCUUCAUUCUGCCAUUUUGCACAAUUAUUGUCUGCUACAUCUUUGCAAUCAAAGCAUUGCUCAAGUCCAAGACUCCACAGCACAAGAAGGCAGUCUGUCACAAGAAGGCACUGUCCACCAUCAUCAUCACUCUCAUCCUCUUCCUCCUCUGUUUCCUGCCGUAUCACAUCCUGCGAACUGCCCACCUGAUGCACAGCAGCUGCAGCCAGGCCAGCCUGCCCAUGCACAAAGCACUGGUGGUUGCUCUCUGCCUUGCUGCCAUGAACAGCUGCCUUGAUCCUGUCCUCUAUUACUUUGCGGCUGAAAAUUUCAAAGCGAGAAUCAGAAGUCUGUACCGCAGGUAGCUCGUGCAGAACUGCAAAAUUAGAUAUAUACAGACCCAAAGGGACAUCUAGACUGGGUCCAGAGGCUUUGUGGUUCUAGCCAUCCUGCAGCCAUGCUGCUCAGUGCCAGGCAUCUCUGGUGCAAAAAGUGUCUUGGAGAGAACUUGUUGGGGGUGGCCAAAACUGAGGCAAGAUGAUCAGAGGUCAGGUGCAGGGUGUGAUCCCUAGUCCUAUUCUAUUUGGCAGGGUAGAACACUUCUGGUGUUCAUCCUCUCCAGGGCAAGUUGAAAGGGGUUUACCUUGCUACUAGAGCCCAUUCAUUUAAUUUCACAAUACUCAGCCAGUGACUUGAAGGGAGACUGCUCACCUACCCACCUCAGUGUUUGUGUCUGAGUCUCUCUGUGCUCCACAUCCCUGUGCAUGCAGAGAUGCACGGUUCAGAUGCUGCGAUACUCAACAGACUCAUAGCACCCUGUC